AUGACCGUGGACAGUGGCAUCGGUGGGAGUGAGAAACAGACUCGCGAGCUCGUCCGUGAGGAGCGCAAGACACAGAUCCAGAGCAAGGGGGCUGGUCCAGCCGGUGUAAGCAAGACGCGGACACCGGUGCAGGGCCUCUUCGAUUCCGGGACGACAGGUACUCUAAUCCGGCAGUCUCUACGGGCCAAGGGCGAAUCAAUUUUGUUGAACUUGCCCAACCCAGAGGCAGAGGUCGGACAGAAAACGGCCACAUCCAUGAUGAUGGCUUCGGUGGCUCCACCUUUGUCCUGA